GGUUCCGUCAAUCGUCCGAUAGACCUAUAUAAUCCACCAUCAUCCCCUCCAAAGGUUCGUCAUCUCCUGCUCGGGGCUCUUCAACCUUUCCAGGACUAAAUCUUUCUACUCUACAGAGCUCAGAAACCAGAUCACAAUCGACCAUCCAACCACACCUAUUCUCUUCUAUUUCUACAUACUCAUUCAUCUCAACUCAAGAUGCCUUUCUUGAAGCCGGCCCCGCGCUCUGCGAACAUUCGGAUCGAGAUAAUGGCCAAGGUCAAGAUCAACGUCCUGAAGCCCGUCUCAUCCGGAGUGAAGAAGUCCGGUCACGUCACCGAGUCGUCUCCUGCCGCCAAGGGCAAGUCAUUGCCCAAGGCUGCUGCCAAGACUUCGGCCAAGGUCACCAAGAAGACCUCGGACGAGAUCAAGGCCAAGUCAACCGAGCCCAAGUCGUCCAAGGCCAAGAACGAUCUCAAGCCCAAGUCGAAGGGCAAGGGCAAGGACAAGAACCCAGCCAGCAAGGCCUCUGGUGACCCUGCCCCUAUUCCCAGCAGUACAAAGACCAGCAACAGGGUCACCAAGCGCACCAAGAAGACCAAGGAACUUCCCAAGGGCCUAGUCGCAAUCGGCUUCUUCGGCUCCGCGGCAGCAACCCACCGAGCCCAGCUGGGGGCGGGCAAGUCCAACGUCCGCCUCCUGCCCACGGCGCUCCCGGUUCCUCUCCCUCCCAAGAAGGGAGGAGAGGCUGGAGAGGGAGUCGCCAAGGGCAGCGCGGAGCCGAAGAAGACAAAGAAGGUCACCAUUGCCACCACUGGCAUGACCACCCCCUCACCUACGCCUAGUCGUGGCUCAAGCGUGAGCAGCAAGCAGUAAUCAUGGGAAUAUGAAGACCCCGGCUCGGGCAUGAAAUGCCAAAAGGUGUCGAGAUUGGUCAGGAAUGAUGGGCAACUAGGUACGAUCAGGAGUUCUUUGGCGUUUUGUUAACAAGGCAUGGCUGGCUCCAUGGCUUCACUGAAUUG